AUUACCAUUUCAACCAUUACUACAUUCCUCGACCUUAUCUUUCAGAACAGUCAUCGAGAAGUCUACUCCCAGAAACUGUACUGAAUAUGUCCCUACGCGAUGCAGCAUGCUACUCGCUCACCCUCGUGCCCUCACUAGCAGACCCCAAGGUCCUCGAGCUAGUCGAAAACUACAAUGGUCCGACGGACGGUCCCCGAGCUCAAACUCCCCGGUUCGCGAGGGUGAAAGAACAGCCAAGGGAUAAAGAAGUAUACUCAGCGGCUAUUUACGACUACCUGAGCGGUGCGAAACUCGCUUCCAUGGGUAUGGAGAGUACAAAAAGCAAAAGCAAGAGUUUACAGCUUCAUGGCCCAGACGAGGACAUAUCAUUCGAGUUCACCGGCAAGAUCAAUUUUCAGGAAUGGACUUUUACAUUCGAAGGGAACAAAUUCCGCUGGACUCGGUCUUUCUCCCGCGGAUCCGAAUACAUAUGCUCGCUUGAUCGAAAGCCUGAUCCUAGAGUCGAGAUCUGCCUGGCAAAAGAAGCGGACAAGAAAGAGCCUGCACGACUCCAGAUCCUCCAUUACAAUAUCGAUCGAUUUCCGGAUGAGAUCAAGGAUCUUCGUGGGCUAGAGACAUUGCUAACAGCGACAUUCAUGUCAUUCCUCGACGAUAUGGACAGUCGGAAUCAGCGCAAUUCACUUUCACCUGCUCCGGAUGCUUCUAUCGUCCCUGGGGCAUCUGUCUUUGGUCAGAAGACAGGAUCCUCGGCAUCAGGCCAGACACUUAAUGCCCCACAGCGAGUCAUCAGCGAGGACGAUUUCGAACCGGAGAACCCAAACGAGAUUCUCGUCAGUCUCAAUUCCAGUAUCGAUGAGCAUGUAUCUCGUGCUGUAUGGCUGCUAGAGGACCCCCAUGUCCUAUUCAUCGUGAUCCGUACACGCGCGUCCGAAGCAACGCAGCGGGCUCUGGAAGUGUCUCUAGGCGUAACAAGGAGGAGCCUACGAAAUCGCCAAGCCCCACGUCGAUUUCAUCCCUCGGACGCGGUCCUCCCAAACCAAUUUCUUUAGACGAUCCUCCCCCCAAGAUCGAAACUUUGACUGUUCAGGACUCGACCUCCGGCACUGUAAAAAGGGUCAAAUCCGCCAGUUGGUCUGCACCCAAUAUUGCGAUCUAUUUGUCCAAGAUUGAUCUCCCAGAUCUUGCACCUGGUCGCAGAGGACUUCAAAAAGCAAGAUCGGACCUGGACACCGGAAAUCAACCGCCAGCUUCGUCAUCCGGGAGGGAAAUGACUAAGCUGCCACCGCCACCAACGCCAACUGCCCCCGGACCCGAUCGUUCUCCGAUCCCUCUGCCACCGCGUGGACAACAGACUCAGCCACCUACAUCUGGCGUAGCGGUUCCAGUACCUGGGAGGCACGGGAA